AUGACCAAGCGGCUUCUCGUUCGAACGAUCUUGGCGCCAGGUCGCAAGGUGCAAAGGAGACGAGAUUCGAAUCGCCGUCGCGGUCUCUUUCGCGGCCCAAUCGGAAAGGUGUCGGCUUCUUUUAUGCUCGCGUGCGUAAGUGAACUACAGAGGGUCGACGUCGGCUUUGUAAUGACCAAUCAUGCUCAAACACCUGUAGUGUUUGCUGAACAGAUCUCUACGGCUACUUCCUAA